GCGGAAUUCGAGAAAACUAGCAGCUGUCAUAUGAUGUUAUUCGUCGUCUCCGACAUCGUGCAGGUUAUGCAUGCGUGACUCGACUUUUUCGGUUUUUUUCUUUUCUUUUUGGCUGUUUGUGUAUAUCAACAGCCGUAGUCUCCAUGGAAACACUCCACGAGUACCACCAGUUAAGGUUUAUAGAACGAGCCGAAUACCCCUCCUUCCCUAGCCUCGUCCGACGAUUCCCGCGGUCUUUUUCCAUAGCACGACGACGUCGACUGUGGCCAGUUCCUUUCUCCUCCACCAUUUUUCCAUCCCUCCUCUUAAGCACAACCCCUCUUACCUAUGGAUGUACGUAUAUGGAGAAGGAGAGGGAGGGGUGAAGUGAAAAGCUAAAAGUUCAGGUGUCGUCUUAGCCAUGUUGUCUGUCUCUACACGGACGAAGACGAGUUAAGACAAGGCGUUCGACGUGAAGCUCGUUCAGCUGCUGGAUUACGAGCAGACACACACAGGGUGACAGGAGAACUAUAGAUAAGUCUAACAGCAACUGCUUGCUUUUGUCGACAACGAAACGUAAAUCCAUUGUCAUGGUCGGAUUUGACAGCUGUUUGGUUACCAUCGGAUUCAUGGCCUUUUUCAUGGUCUCGCCGUCUGCUGCCGCUUACGGUUCAAGAAACAACAUCAUCGAUGCGGAAUUGAUUAAAGAAGUAGAGCUACAUCAGUAUCAGCCGCCUCCGUCAGGUGCAGCAGCACAGCUUAAUGAUGUUUUGGCGUGCCAGUCGGAUCCCUGCUUUCACGGCCUUUGCAUUGACCACAUAAACAAUUCGAGUUAUUCGUGUUUCUGCGAGGACGGGUAUACCGGCUAUCAAUGUCAAACAGAUUGGAAUGAAUGCUGGAAUGGUCCGUGCAAAAACGGAGGCACCUGCGUCGACGGUAUUGGAAGAUAUCAUUGCCUUUGUCUCCCAGGUUACACCGGCGACGAUUGUCAAGUCGAUAUCGACGAAUGCCAAUCGGAUCCAUGUCAGAACGGAGCCACUUGUCAGGACGGCACCAACGGAUACCGUUGUCGCUGUUUGCCCGGCUACGAAGGCGCAUUUUGCCAAAUAGAUGUGGCCGUUUGUCGUCAUCAACAUAGUAAUGCGAGCAGUCGUGAUCUCUUCCUACCGCCCACCUGCCGUCAUGGUGCCCGUUGCGUGGAAGGCCCCGGCUUGGCCUAUUACUGUCUCUGUCCGGAAGGUUGGACGGGCAAGCAUUGCGAGACGGACGUGGAUGAAUGUUGCAGUAAUCCGUGCAAGAACGGAGGUCUUUGCAUCGAUUUAAUUGGAAGUUACCAAUGCGCAUGUCCCCACGGUUUUAGCGGCCGUAAUUGCGAGACGGCACUGGAGCGAUGCGACGAUAAGCAUUGCAGCUACCAGGGCAUCUGUUGGCUGGAUGACGACGACGGCCAAACUUCCUGCUACUGCCGUCCCGAUUUCCACGGAGUCCAUUGCGAGAACCAAUAUAACGAGUGCCUUCUGCCAGGGACCAAAUGUCUCAACGGUGGCCAAUGUAUCGACCAGGUGGACGGCUAUUCCUGCUCCUGCCCACCACUUUGGACUGGACCACGCUGCCAAUCGUCCAAUAAUCAAAUAGGAAACGAACAACACGAAGAACAAGAAACGGCAAUGUCGACUGUCUCGACCAUGACGUCGAUAACAGUUGUUACCCCGCAACGAUCGACGGUGACAGCGAUGACGCCCCUCCAAGAUCCUAUUACGACUCUGCCGAGUUUACUCUCGACGCUGGAGCUGGAAUCGGAUCCAACGACACCGGAAUGGACCACGUGGAUUUCCACGAUUACAACUAAUCUUUCGCGAGAUAUUGAAAACACCAUCUGGACGACUAUGGGCGUGUCGGAAGAGACUACAACCAUGUCCAUUAACGGAUCGAUGGUUCAAGACUUGCCGACAACAAUAUCCGAUGAAACGUCGACCAUCACGUCCACCGAUGCGUUGGACACCACUACGGCAGUGGCGGACACUAUGACGCCAAUGACGCAUCAAACGGCCACCCAGUUCAAAACCACCGUUCAGUCUUCUAUCGGGACGACAUUCGUUCCAUUCCUUCCGGAAUCCACAAUAAAGCCGGAGACUAGCGAGGGCGAACGCGAGUCGAAGAGCAGCACAACAGUCACUCGUCCCAUGUCUUCUUCUUCGACAGCAUCGACCACCGUCAUCUCUCAUUCCACUCGAUUGGGUCACGGGAUUUCUUCCACCGCCACAACAAUUGCCGCUAAUACUUUAUUCACGCUGCACAACGACAGGCACACGGAAGAUGUGACAGCUGGUGGCACAACAACGAUCCAUCUGCCUACAAACGGACGACCUCCCGAAGUUGAUCACGUCCCUGCCGCUACGGAACACGAAACGGACAUGACUACAAAUGGCCAUUUCGAAUUAGAUAAUCGUCCGUUGCUCCAUCCGGAUGACAACACUACGGAAUCGUCUUUGCCGACAGAUCUAUCGUUGACACUGACGACCGUCUCCCGUGAACUUGUUGACGUAAGCAAUCAAACAACGACGACAACGACGACGACGACGAUGGUGAAAGUACUGGCGGUUGAACCUCCGCUGAUGGACCCGAGUUUAUUGCCGGGCGAAAUCCCAGCCAAUUCGUGCGACAGCAAUAUUUGCAUGAACGGAGGAACGUGCGUCAUGACCGCCGAAGGAUGGCAGUGCCGUUGCUCGUGGAGGAACGAAGGCCGUCGUUGCGAAACGGACAGGAAAUUGAAAGUACCGCAAUUUCACGGCAAUUCUUACCUAAGUUAUGCGGUAGCAGAUCGCACGCAAGCCGAUGAUCAAAACCAGCAGCAAGUAUUGGAAGCUCGACUCGAGUUCAGCACGAUGGCACCUUUGGGUUUGAUCGCCUACAUCCACAGCAUCGACGCCCACGUCUACCUGGCCGUUUACGUCGAGAGAGGCGCCCUCAAAUUCCGUUUGUCUUGCGGCCGUCAGCAAAUGACGCUGGUCGAAACCAAAUACAACGUCAGUGACGGAGAUAUACACGCCAUUUUUAUGAGAUUUCUCAAAGUGGAAGACCGAAAUUCGUCCAGCAGCUUUUGCAUGGGCUCUGUUAAACUGAAUAAUUCCUACUCGAUGAACGGGGAGCAGAGAUUGGCCGAUGACGAACAUUUCACUUGGCCGGGCAGACUUCACAUUGGCGGGCGGCCGUAUGGAGUGCCAACACCAGCCGAGCUCGUCUUCUUGCCCGGCAUUGUCGGAUGUGCCUAUAAUCUAGAGAUUGACGGCCAACGGCUGGAUAUGAUCGCAGACGCUGUCCAAGGCAAAGCCCUGGACGAGUGUCCCGAUCGUCGGGCCAAUUGCGGUGGAUUGCGAUGCCUAAACGGCGGAAUAUGCCGCGCAAAUUUCGACAGCAAUGCCCAACAAAAUGGCGAUCAGCAAUUCGACGAAAGAGGUGGCGGUUGCAUCUGCCCGAUGGGUUGGGUGGGCGAUCAGUGCAAGAUCCGCCAGUGCCCUUGCAAUCCGUGCCAAGUCAACAGCACCUGUUUAAUGAGCUCCAACGAUCAAAUGAUUUGCGUUUGCAGUUACGGCCGUAUCGGGUCUCUCUGUGAAAUAGCGGUGAACGUGACCCGUCCUCAAUUCGAUGGCACGUUCAUGGGCCACUCGUCUUACCUGAGUCUGACUCCGCCGCCAUUCAUCCGCGAACACUUUGAGAUGAAAUUCAGUUUCGUCACGGACGAUGCCCGUCAAGUGGCUCUACUCCUUUUCAUCGGCCAACCAAUCAAUGCUGAUCAAGUCACGCUAGCGGGAAUCGAAGAGAAAAAGGACUUUCUGGCCGUUAGUUUCAUUCGCGGUCACGUGGCACUGACUUGGGACUUGGGUUCGGGAGCCAGACGGAUCUUUACGGCUCGGCCAGUCUCCGUCUCCACAAUGGGCGGCCAUUCGGUCCAUGUCGGAAUGCGAGGCCGCGUCGCGUGGCUUCAGGUCAACAAUCAGCCAACGGUGACGGGCAGAUCGCCCGGACUCAUGUCCGUCCUCAACGCUCAUCCCAGCCUAUUUCUGGGCGGCCACUCUUCGUUCAACCAUUCACGAUUACCGUCCGACCUACCGUUGCACUCCGGCUUCCGUGGAUGCAUCUACGACUUGGUGUUCCGCUCGCGUGAAUUCGCCGACCGCGAUCAAGAAUUCGACCACCAUAACACGAUCAACCACUGGCUACCGGUGGUUCAAUCGGGCCGGGGCGUCCGUCAGUGCUCCAUUCCGUCGUGUCGACUGCGCAUGUCCAAGAACAGCGGCGAAAACAUGACGUCUUUGGGCAGUAACGAUGUGGAGGAACCUUUCGAAGACGUUUGUUGAUGACUGAAAAAUGGAUGAAAAUACACAUGGAAUAUGGA